UUCAAAAAUCAUAGGAAGGCCGUGUUCGACCUCGGGUAGCUUGCCAUUAGGCAAAGAGUUUCAUGGAGGGAGUGGAGUAAAGAUUUUUUAAAGUACAUGGACCAAAAUGCAAAAAAGGAAACCUGGCCAAUUCUAUCAUCACAACUGGAUAUGAUUUGUUCAUAUAUGCAAAAGCUAAAAUCACAGAAUCUGCAAAAGAAAUGGAUAUGAUUUCAUCAUCAACGCAUUUUUUAAAUGUCCUUGGAAAUCUUAACAGACCCAAAUCAAACUACAAUUCAAGAAUCUAUGCAUUGAAACUUAGUGAACCUGCAUUGACCCACCAACUGUUUGAUGAAAUGCCUCACUCAAAUGAUUCUUUAGUAUGGAACACUUUUAUUCAAACCCAUUUAAGAAACGCCGAUUACCACAAGGCGGCGAUGACGUAUUGUGAAAUGUUAACGCGUAGUGUCCGUCCUGAUAGGCACACUCUCCCUCGAAUGUUAUCGGUUUGUAGACUAUCUGGUAGCUUGUCAUUAGGCAGACAGUUUCAUGGGCAGGCAAUGAAGUUGGGGGUGUGUAAUGAUAUGUAUGUAACUAGUGGUUUGAUUGAAAUGUAUGGGAAUCUUGAUGGCAUUGAUGCUGCAAAAUGGGUGGUGGAUAAUUCCGAGAGGAAGAUGAGUUGUGUAGCUUGGACAUUGUUGGUUAAGUUGUAUAUUAAGGAAAAGAAACCUUCUUUAGCUAUUAAGUUGUUUAAUGAGAUGGUUAAGUUGGGUGUUGAGAUGGACGCGGUUUUGGUAACUACAGCUAUUAGUGCUUGCGUGCUUGAAAGGUCGCUGAAGGAUGGUAGGAAUGUUCAUCAAACGGCUAGGAAACAUGGGUUAGAGAUGGACGUGUUGGUGAGUAAUUCUCUUCUGAAAAUGUACGUUGAAUGUGGUAGUGUAAAAGAUGCUCGUGAGCUCUUUGAUCAAAUGGCAUCACGAGAUGCCAUUUCAUGGACGUCCAUCGUUCAAGGGUAUGUGAAGAAUGGGGAGAUAAAUGAAGGGUUGAAAUUGUUCAGAAAGAUGAUACUUGAGGACAACAUAAAACCGGACGUCGUAGCAAUUUCUAGCAUUCUUCCAGCUUGCGCAAGAAUGGCAGCCCAUAAAAAUGGAAGGGAGAUUCACGGCUACUUGAUUAGGAAUCAAAUUCCGAUGAAUCUUAAAGUUGAGAAUGCUUUGAUAGACAUGUAUGCAAAAUCAGGAUGGUUGGAGUAUGCUUCAAUGAUAUUUUCAAGAAUGAAUUUCAAAGAUAUUAUUUCGUGGACUGUGAUGAUAUUAGGCUACAGUUUACACGGUCAAGGUAAUAUUGGAAUUGAUUUAUUUCAGAAAAUACCAACAAUGGACAUAGAUGAGAUUGGUUAUGUUACAGCCCUUUAUGCGUGUUGCACAUCCCGCUUGGUUGAAGAAGGUAUGCAUUAUUUCAAGUGCAUAAAGUCACCUAAACUGGCACAUUAUGCUUUAAUGGUUGCACUUUUAUCUCGUGCUGGUAAAUUCGACGAAGCAAGAGUCUUUAUUGAUGAACAUGGGAUAUCGAGGCACACAGAGGUAUUAAGAGCAUUGAUAGAUGGAUGCAGAAUUCAUAGGAAUCUAACUACGGGGAAAAGAUUAAUUGAGAAGCUAUGUGAUUUAGAGCCCCUGAUUGCAGAUAACUACAUUAUGAUAUCAAAUUAUUAUGCACAAUAUGGGAAAUAUGAUAUGGUUAAUAUGUGGAAAGAGACCAUAAGGGACAUGGAUUUGAAACCAAAGGUUGCAUAUAGUUGGAUAGAGCUUAGAAAUAAAAUUCACGUCUUUAAAACAGGGGAUGUAUCGCAUCCAAGAUCAGAGGGUAUAUAUUGGGAGUUAGAGUGUUUGAUGAAGACCUUUGAAAGAGAAGGAUUACAAUGGGUUCCAGAUUUUAGUUUCCAUGAUAUAGAUGAAGAACGAGAGUGUAUUCCAAUUGGUCAUAGUGAGUUGUUGGCAAUUUCGUUCGGCUUGAUUAGUACUAAAAGUGGAGCGCCUGUUCGUGUGACCAAGAAUCUUCGUGUUUGUCAUGGAUGCCAUGAGGCUGCAAAGUAUAUCUCUAAAGUAGUUAACCGAGAGAUUAUAUUGAAGGAUCCAAAUCGUUUUCACCAUUUCAAGAAUGGCAUUUGCUCUUGCCAGGACUUCUACUAGUUGGCUUUUGGGUGAUUUAUGUGAAAUAUAUAACCUUGAUAUUGGUCAAAGAUUGAUCCAGCACGGUUUGGAGGGAUGAGGAACAGCUGAAACAGUUAACUGCUGUGGUCCAUGGCUGACCAUGUGAGGCAAGGGUCUCGAGGAGCAGCUAGCAUACUUGGUAUGUAACAAAAACACUUUCAAGUUUUAUUUCCUGUAAAAUGAUGUAGGUGGGAUCUAAGGGGAGCACAUUGAAUGUCGAUUGAGUUGUGGGUUCACAGCACGUAGUUGAUCAAUGUUGGUUGUGACGUGACAUCUAGCGAGGCUGGGUAUACAGAAUCCCCAUCUGGUUUUUGGAAAUAAAAGUUGAACCAGAGUGAGCUCGAUCUUGUUUAGGAUGGUCAUAGUAAAUUUUGCAUUUGUACCAUAUCAAAAUAAAUGAAACAAGUGUAUCUGUGUAUAUAUGUAUAAGACUAUGUACAUACGUGUGCAUUUUUAA